UCCAGGUCUAUUUUUCCCCCAAUUAACAUCUCACCUCGGCGAAAGAGGAAUUAGGGUUUUAAUAGCAUCUCAAUUGGAGGGCAAAAUAGAUUUGUGCUUCGCCGGAACCCUAAUUUGCUUCUCCGAUCACUCUGUCAGAUUGAGUGGAUAAUUGUGGACAUUGUCUUACCUACCAAUACUUCCCAGGAAAUGAUGCUCUAUCUUAUGCUGGGCGCUAAUUGAUGGAUCCAGACAGCAAGAAGUUUGGAAGAGGGCCAAGAGAGCUUGCAGGUGCUGUGGAUCUUAUUAAUCACUACAAGCUGUUGCCUCAUCACGAGUACUUCUGCAAGAAGCCUCUUCCAUUGUCAAUUUCAGAUACACGCUACCUUCACAAUGUUGUGGGAGACAGAGAAAUUAGGAAAGGGGAAGGGAUGCAGUUGGAUCAGCUUAUACAUGAUACGUCUUUUUUAAAAGAGACAAAUUCACGCAUCCAACCAUUUGAGUUAGAUGCUCUUAAUGAAGCUUUUCAACUACGUGAAGCAGCUCCAAUUGUUCUGCCUCCGUCUGAAAAAGGGAUCCCCACUGUAGCUGGAAAGUCUAAAAGUGAGUCGAAAGACAAGGAGAAGAAGCAUAAGAAGCACAAGGAUAAAGACAAGGAGAAGGACAAAGAGCAUAAGAAGCACAAACACCGUCAUAAAGAUCGAAGUAAAGACAAGGAUAAAGAGAAAAAGAAAGAUAAAACUGGCCAUCAUGAUUCUGGUGCUGACCUUUCAAAGAAACAUCAUGAAAAGAGAAAGAAGCAUGAGGGCAAGGAGGAUCUUAAUGAUGUUAACAAACACAAGAGAAACAAGUUAAGAAUUUGGAGGAAUCCUUUUCUUAUUGUAAAAUAUCUAAGGUACAGAUGUUCUUAUCCUACUAUAUCCGACACAUUGAAUAACUUCACGAGUCUUUCCAUCCAUGCCAUCUAUUAUAGAAGGUAUAUAUCCUAUUUGAUUCUGGAAGAAAAGAAAGACUAAUUAUUGACGUCAGAAGCUGUUUGCAGCCUGUUUUGUAGCCAUUAGGUGCCCAUGAGGUUCAUAUAUAUGACUUUAAGUAUUUCAGUUUGUGGAUUUUGAACAUUUGCAUUUGUUGGAUAAACAGCAGAUUCCUAAUUAUGGUCUUUUAGUGUUGCUUGUGCUUUUUAUCUGUAUAUAUUCUGUUGCAGACUGGAAGGGUUGCUGAGACACUAUUAAAACAUAAAAAAUAGAAGAGUUAGUAGACAUUUUAGAUACACAGAGUUAUUUGGCAUUGCAUUCUGCUGUUAGCGUCUAUUUUUGGCGUUUUCAACCUAGAGCACAUCAUAGUAUUAGUUACCUUUUGUGUUUCAUAAUGUUUCUGUUUCUCUUCUCC